AUGGAGAAUCAGUUUUUCAGCAACCAAAAUGCACCGAUUCAAUUAUUUGCUGAGUUAGCUGGUGUGGAGGAAACUGAAGAUGCCACUCUAGGUGAAGAAGAUGGAGCUCAAGAACCGUGUAUGGUGGUUCCGGUAUCAUACGUUGGUAGUCAAUCAACUAUACAUGGGACCGGCAUUGAUCUUAAUGCUGCACCCGAAACUGUUGUGGUUGGUGAUGAUGUAUACCAUAAUAGUGAUCCUUCUGAUUAUGAAGUCGAUAGUGAAAGUGAUCCCGACGUGGAUGAGGUCCCGGAUGAUAUUGACGAUGAAGGCGUGAAUGAGGAAGUAAAUGUUAAUGCAUAUUCAGUCGGGAACCAGAUUCGUCGUAUUGUGAUACAUAAUAAUCCUGGGGCACACAUGUCUCGGAUAGACCCCGAUGCGACGCAUGUAGCAGAGUUUCCAGAGUACCCUGAAAUACAAUCUGCUCAUCAGAUGGCCGUAUAUUCUGAUCCUGAGGAGUUGUUCGUGGGCCAGAGAUUCGAAAAUAAAGAAGAGUGCAAGUCAGCAGAAGGCUGCAAUUGGCGGAUACGAGCUGCAUUUAUCCAAAAGUCGCAGAUGUGGGAGAUACGAAAAUUUGUUGGGCCUCACACAUGCACUUCAUCACGUAUGAAAGAAGAUCACCGAAAACUUGAUUCCAAAACUAUCUGUACGCGCAUCAUGCCAAUGGUUGAAGACAUGCCGACCAUUAAGGUUUCGGUACUGAUUGCUGAAAUACAAGCACGAUUCCAGUAUCGAGUGUCAUACCGGAAGGCAUGGAUAGCUAAACAGAUGGCAAUGGAGCAAUUGUACGGAGAUUUCGAUGCAUCAUAUAAUGAGUUGCAGGAAUGGAUUGCCGCUAUGAGGGAGUACAUACCGGGGACUACCAUUAAGUUGUAG